ACACGUGUUUCACUGGGACAAUAGUGAGUGGUGCACACUUCCUUCGCCCGGCCACAGAAGACAAAAAAGAGUUGCUGGUGUAACAAUAGGAAGAAUAUAUUCCACUCCUCUCUUGUACACGCGGCUUAUGAGAUGAACGCUCGUCAAGAAGAACGUCCCCUUCAGCAGCAGGAGGAUCCACAGCCCCCCCACAUUAAAGAGGAAGAGGAGGAAGUGUGGAUGAGUCAGGAGGGAGAGUGUCCUGUAGGGCAGGAGGAGGCUGAUGUCAGCAAGUUUCCACUGACUGUUGUCUCUGUGAAGACUGAAGAGCAUGAAGACAAACCACCUGAGUCCUCACAGCUUCAUCACAGUCCAAACGUCUGUGAAGAACAUCUUCUCCCUGAGCAACAGAAGUGGAGCUUCAGGAUGGAGCCACAGCCCUCCCACAUUAAAAAGGAAAAGAAACACCCACUGAUCCCCCAUUUUAAAGCGGAAGAGGAUGACCCACUGACCACUCACAUCAAAGAGGAAGAGGAGGACUCAUUGACCCCCAAUUUUAAAAAGGAAGAGGAGAAGCCACUAAUAACCCAUUUUAAAGAGGAAGAGGGGGACCCACUGACACCCCAUUUUAAAAAGGAAGCGGUGGAUCCACUGAGCCCUCACAUUAAAGAGGAAGAGCCACUGAUCCCUCACAUUAAAGAGGAAGAGGAGGAAGAGGGCAUCAGUCAGCCUAAAUGGUUGGAGGAGUUCCCAGUGACUGGUGUCCCUGUGAAGAGUGAAGGUGAUGAGGUGAAAGGUGAAAGUGAGGAGAGGGGAGGGGGGGAGCCUCCAAGCAGCAGCUCAACACAACACAUGACAACAGAAGCUGAUGGAGACCACUGUGGAGGAUCACAAGCAGACAAGCUCUUAGCUCCACUAUCAGAUAGUGAGGACACAACGUCACACUCUCCUGACACUGAUGAUGAAGACUCUAAAGAUGAUAAGACAUGUCACACUGACAACACUCACUUCACAUCUUCUCACUCUCACAAAACUUUUAAAUACCAUUGUCGUCUGAAAACACACAUGAGAAUACACACUGGAGAAAAACCUUUUUCAUGUUCAAACUGCGGUAAACAUUUUACUCAGAGGCCAGAUUUAAAAGUACACAUGAGAACACACACUGGAGAAAAACCUUUUUCAUGUUCUAUCAGUGGUAAAGAUUUUACUCAGAGGCCACAUUUGAAAGUACACAUGAGAACACACACUGGAAAAAAACCUUUUUCAUGUUCAAUCUGCGGUAAAGAUUUUACUCGAAGGGAAAAUUUCAAAAAGCACAUGAGAAUACACACUGGAGAAAAACCUUUUUCCUGUUCAAUCUGCAGUAAAUAUUUUGCGCAACGGCACUAUUUGAAAGAACACUGAGAACACACACUGGAGAAAAACCUUUUACAUGUUCAGUAUGUUGUAAAAGUUUUUUACAAAGUCAGCAUUUGAAAAGACACAUGAGAAGACACCCAGGAGAGAAAGUGUUGAGUUGCAGUGUGUGUGGUGAAAGAUUGUCUUCUAAGUAGCAGUGUAAGAAACACAAGUGUGCUGGUGAGAACAGCAGCAGCAAAUGAAACUGCAGGAUUUGAAAUAAACUGUCCAGACUUUAACUUUGACCUUCUAAAAACAUCAGCACAUAGUUUCUAAGAUUUAUAGAUGAGGUAUUUUGGAUUAUUGCCUUUUUUCAGUCAAGUACUACACAUGACAAGUGUUUUUUAAAGUUGUUCAUGAUUUAUCCCCCUUUUUUAGAAUUCCUCAAACAUUAUCAAUUUCAGAAAACAUGGGAACGUUUGGAAUGUUUGGGAAAAGUUAAUUAUGUACAUCAUCCCACAGAGCUUUACUGUACAUCCAUCCAUUUGUUCUACCACUUGUCUCUUUCAUUUUAUAUGUAUAGCAUUUAAUCACAUACUUGUCCGCCAAAGGGUGUUGCGUUUUGGAGGAACUCCUUCUGUCAGAGUGCUGUUCACACUUCUUUAACUGCGGAAAUCUACUCACAAAAACAAUCCAAACAGUAGGUAACAAAAAACGAUGGUGCGAAAAAGAGAAGACUAAAUGUGCAUUUUGGAAAAAAUAACAAAAGCUACUUCUAUACACAAAUAAAGUCAACUUGGUUUGGAGUUACAAGACGUGCACACUACAAAACAACACCAAGAUGGAUGGCACUGGGAAUGGCCAAGGUAGCAAAAUACUCAAAGCAUGUAAUCAACUGGCGUGGAGUAGAAUCGCCGAGUGCCAUCCAGCUGUCAAGGUGCUGCUUAAGUAGCACCAGGGUCAAUUGGAAGCAGCUGUGCACGUCCCACAACUCCGCCCACAAAGGCAACACAGGAACUCUAGGAGGAAGGAGAAAUGUAAGAACAAGGUCAACUGCACCAAAAGACGAAAACUGACUGUUGGAGCCAAAUUUCCUUAUUUGCUUAUAUUGUUUUUAUUUUGUUUUCUCUGAUUGAUUGCUGGCUUCAGUUCAUGCUGAAUUUCCCUUUCUGCAGAUUGCUCCGCCCACUUCCUGUUGAGAACCAGGAAGUGUCGACAGGGAUGGGACUGUU